UUCCAAUCCAAUAUCGUGAUGGCACAUCAACUUUACUUAGAGAAGGAAAAGUACAGACAAUGGGUAAAGGCCGGACUCGGCUUGGGAUACUUAAAAGAAGGACUAGUGCCAUUUUGUGACGACGUCGCCAAACAACAACAUAAAGACAUCUUAGAUAACAUUAAACAGACGAACAAUCUACCGAAUGUGACAUGUGGUCAAUGCACUCUGAGAACUCUCCAACCGGACCAUUUGAAAAUAGCAAACAACAAAUGUCCGUUAGGUCAAACUAAUUGUAACUGCUGCUAUACGAGUGGUAAAAUUGCUUGUCCAAACAACGUAUGUGGCUUCAUCUAUGACAACAUUAUAACUAACCAUGCGUCCACACAACCGGCUCCUUAUUGGAAAAACACCCGAACUCAGCAGUGGACUGGAGAUCCCUGGAGUAUAGCUAAAUGUUUCAUCAACGCCCCUGGAUAUGAUCAGAAGACAUCAGCAGCCGACACUGACUGUACAGGACUACUGCAUGUGAUUAUAAACAACAAGUAUUUUCAUAAUCACAUUCAGUGUAAUUUAGCUGGAGCUAAUGUAUUUUCAAAGGUGCGACAAUACAGAAACGAGAUAUUCCACUCGAGCACCAUGGAAUUAGAACAGGCAGAUGCAAAUACUUACAUAGAUGAUAUGAUUGCUGUGCUGCAAGAUGGUAAGGAACUGAUUAACCGAAAAGAUGCUCAGGACGCCGUAAAAAAACUUGAAGAGCUAAAGAAUGAAGAUUUCAUCGUAACCACUGAAAAUAUGGAGAGAGUUCUUAGAGAUAUCAGAGAAGAAAUGGGCAAUUUACGAAAAUUAACAGAAGGUCUAGCUACUAAGGAUGCCUGUGAGGAUCUCAAAAGAAAAUUGUCUGCACUUGAAUUUCCCAUGUCUCAACAAUCCGAGGUAUAUGCUUCUUAACGUUCAAUGUUGUAC